GCAACUUCCCUGAAAUUGACCACGUCCCUGACCCUUUCCCCAAGCCUAUCUCUUGUCAUAUCAGUCUUUGCGCUCCUCAAAUACUGCAAAACGGUGCACAAGACACAAGUCUCGUUGCUCCAUUACGAGUUUCAUCCUGCACACCAUGGACGACAUAAAUAUUCCUACACUCUCAGUUAACGAUGAAACUCUGGACCCUUACAGCCUCGAGAACUCCAAUAACCUUGCGGACCGCUUACGAUCUUCUUCUAUAGAAUGCGCAGACUACUAUCAGACAUUCCUGCCAUUCCUAACCCUGUCAAGAAUCUUGAACAAGGCAUGCAUUGAGGCCCAUCUAAAAAAAGAGUACGGGGAUCUUGCAUCACAAUAUGCAGAUCACAUUGGACCGUUGUACGCCGAUGAGGCUGAUGCGUACAAGGAAAUGCCUUUUCAAAUGCCUUCAGGUCAAAAGACGUACCUGAGGAUUUUUGCAAUUCUGGUCAUGAUUGAAAAAGAAGGGAAAGUUCACGAAUUCAUCCAACAUCGAGUCUGUGACGAUGACCUUCCCCUCACUCUGGAUAUAAGACAGAAUGCUGUAUUUCGAAAGGAAGGCGAUGAAAAUCCCCUUGGCUGCUUCAGAAGAUUUCGCCCCUAUCAAUUGGAGUCCUUUGAAAUGUGUCAAUGGAGGUUCACGGCCCCUUUCUUUCAUGCUCCCAGAGACAAUAUCCCGGUAUUUCAUCACGUUUUCCACCGGAGGACAAUUUUACCUUGGUGUCGUCUUAACGGGUCUGAGGUUGGACUGAAGAAAUUCGGCAGGCAUAUAACUCAAGGUGGCUAUUCAACAAUUCAACCUAUCAAAAUCGACAAAUCUUCUCACGAAUUUGAGAAGGUUCUCCGAGGGGUGAAAUCUGCCGCAAAAGGCAUUUUUGCCCUCAAAAUACUCAGGCUUGAGGACCGUUCUGAAUUCGACAAUGAAGUUGAAGGGCUUCAACGAUUCAAUGGUGUCGGCCAUCGGCAUAUCAUUCAACUUCUGGCGACCUUUGAGCUACAUGACAGAUAUCACAUGAUAUUACCUUGGGCUUCUUGCAAUCUCUACGAGUUCUGGAAAUUUGACCCUUUUUCAAAGACUGGAAACCGAGAUCUCGACGUCAUCCGUUGGAUGUCUACACAAACUCUCGGUUUGCUUGCGGCCUUGGAUGCUAUUCACGAUUCCCAAGGCGUACAGUCCUAUGGUCGGCAUGGGGAUAUUAAGCCCGAGAACAUACUUUGGUUUGAAUUGGAUAAUGAACCUCAUGGCUUACUUGUUCUGGCAGAUUUUGGGCUUACCAAAUUUCACCGGGAGCGUAGCAGGUCUUUCACAAAAAACACCAACGUGGGUUACACAUACACCUAUGCGCCUCCAGAGAUUGAUAUCGAGGGUGAAUUUAUGUCACGAUCUUCCGAUAUAUGGUCUUUCGGUUGUGUUUUACUUGAGAUGGUCUGCUGGCUCUUAGGGGGCUGGGAGCUUUCUGAGGCAUUCGCAGAUGCUCGACUGACAGAGGACACUUCGGGUAUCAUGAAGACCGAUAGCUUCUUUGCAAUUGUCAAACUAGAGGACGAUGAGUUGCGUCGAUUUACAGUCAAGCCACAAGUAUUCAGUUUCAUUCGAAGACUUGACCAUCACGAGUCAUGCACAAACUACGUUCAUGAUAUUCUGGACAUCAUCGAGAAAUACAUGAUCGUUGUACGAACAGAAGAUGUGAAAAGAGCCUCCACCAGUGAGCUGCUCGAGAAAUUUAAAGGUGUCGACCAGAGAGUCCAGGAUGAUAAUCAUAGGGACUACAUCGCGAAGCCCACACCUGGCCCCCGCAAAACACCACCAAAAGCGCUCAUCGCAGUCGAGGCACAUGUGGUUGACAGAAAAUAUACAUAUUCGCGCCAGAGUCGAUUAAGGCUUACGCAAAAGUUCACAGAGCGUAGCCACCAGAGUCAACGCCAAUCUAUACGAGUCCGACAGAUUGACGACGCUGGCCUGGUCAUCAGAAAACCACAUUCAAUGACGGUUGAUGAGACUCUUUCUGGAAAGAAGGAAUUCUCACCCGAAAAGCUCUUAAAUGCUGACAAGAAGAGUGGCUUGGCGGCUGCACAGAUGAUUGAAGCGAAGGUAUUUGAAGCCUUGGAGAGUUUCGAUGACACAGACACCUGCCUGGUCAAGUUUCUUGUUCGCUGGCAGGUUCCAGUUUGUGUACAGGAAGAACUAGACGGCAGCUAUGAUCUUGGCCCAAUCCUCACUAUAACAGGAACUUCUUCAAAUUCUUUGGCGGUUUGCUGCCAGGAAUAUGUUUCAGCAACCUGGAAAGAUAACGGCACAGUGUUUCUGGAAGAUCUAGAAGCAUUUCUUGUUCAAAAGCUACCUUCGACAGACACCCAAGUUCCGAAAGAACCUGCAGUUAACCGGCCAUUGUUCAUGAGUGGAGACUCUGAAGAUACUCCAGUAGUGCUCUUCAAAGGCUCUCCAACUCAGAUAUCAAUAUUUUCACAGUUUCUUUGCUGGAUCGUAGCGACCUUCCGACUGCCCGAGCCGAAGAAGACAACCAGUUCUUCGGUUAGCUUCCUACAUGCACCAAGUGUCGGAGAUGAGGUCCACGUGUUUCAUAUUUCACUGGAAGAAUUGAAACCUCUAGAGCAUGGCACACCGGGCACUUGUUGGACCCCUCUGUUCCCUUCGACGGUCAUGGCCGAGGGCUUUGAGGUUCCAGUUCACCCAGGUGUCUUCGGCUUGCAGAUGCCCUUUGAUGCCAUGCUUGAGCUGGCUGAGAUAAUUUGCGAUGUCAGCCUGGAGGAUGACAAGGGCAAUGCAACUGGUAUCUACCUCGAUGGUAUCUCCUUUUUCCUCUACCCAACUUCUUAUAAGGCGCUCCCCGACCGACAGCCUGUUAUCCAAUGGCAUUUGAAAGAGAAGACCUUAGAUGACGAGGGAGAUCGAGACCCAGCAAUCCCUCCCGACAGAAAUGGUGGUCCAUUGUGGACCAAAAUUCCGGUCUACGACACUCUGAGAACAUCAAUCACAGUUUUGGGGUACUGUGAAAAGGCCAUGGUGCAGUUGGGUACCGAGGCCCGCCGCCAAUAUCACAAUGAACCACAAUACUCACAUGCAGAGGUCGAAAAGCCCAACAUAGAGGCAUCGCUGAACUCGCUUACUCUGGGCUCUAGUGCAGGGGGUGCUAAAGCAGAGGGUUCGAUAGGGUUCAGGCUAAGAACCGGCCAUAAGCGUGAGCUUGAUGACCAGAAGGAUCUGACCUACAAGCAAGUCUUGCGGAUCUCGCAGAACAUGCCAGUCAUUAUCUAUGACACCCAAAGUCAGAACGAACGCGCCUGGAUGGUCUCCCAACUAUCGAUGAUCCUUGAGUUGUUCAAUAUAUGGGCACAGCGAGAAGGUCUGCGAGGCAUUCAGUACGCCACUGCGAGUGCAGACGGAGGCGCCGCUGCAUUCAACGUCCUCGCCAAUAGGAGUUAUUCAGAGCGCAUUGCUAUCGAGAAGAUGGCCGAUGAGGAUCCCUCAGAUAUUAAAAUCUCGGGUAUUAUCAAGAGGUUAUAUGGCCGAAUUCAAAAGACGAGGAGUAUCAAUGCGAGCAGUGACGAGGGCGCCCGUGGCACCUUGUCGCUGGGUCGCUGCAGUAUCAAGGGGUGGGACUGGCUUGAACUCGUAGAUGGGCUUGAGAGGGCUGUGAGCCAACGGAGACAAGUCCUUGCUUCCCGGAUGUUCAGCUCUCCGCCCUGUUGGUUACCAUUCACAGAUUCGAUCCCCGUCUUCUUCGCACAGGAGAUUGGCGACUUGAUAGUCCCGGAGCAACCAGACCAGGUGUGUCGGCAAUGGUCUCCUCUGCCAGGUGGCCGUAGCAACACAUAUCUUGCUGUGAGUCUACGUUGCAUCAGAGGACUCUCUGCAUCCGGAUGCUAUCAGAAUCUGGUUUGGUCGUGUGAGGAUGCUCAUUUGUUUGAGCCCUGCCAGAAUUGCAAGAUUGUACCAGAGAUAUGCCCGAAGAUGCCGCAGAGACUGGAAAAGUGUAAAGCAAGAAAGAAAGGUCCGAUACAGACAUUGCCUCAAGGGAUGAAUGAUGCUGUUGUCAUAUUUGGGACCAGCCGCAAGAAGCAACUCUCUUGAUCUGCUACUGUUUGGUGAGUUACCCAACCUCCGACAUGGGACGAUCGCAGAAGAAUGCUCUAUACGCAGAUAUGUAAUAUUUGGGAUGAAAUUUUAUGUUGAGCAUUUUGGAAGACAUUUAGAACAAUCUACACAUUUGCACUCCA